GGCUAUCUUUGGCUGCAAGGCUGACAGUUGCUAGAUCUGUAUCCUUGGCUAUCCCUACGUACACUAUGCAAACUGAAAUGAUCCCUGUUAAUGUUUGCAACACUAUCGACAGGAUUAACAGGGAUUUCAUUUGGGGCAAGGAUGAGAACCAGGGGAAGAUGCACCUGGUGGCUUGGGAGAAACUAGCAGAGCCAAGAACUCAAGGAGGAGGAGGCCUCCGGGCGCUCCGGCAUGCUAACCUCGCCCUUUUAGCUAAAGGAGGGUGGCGCAUUCUCCAAGAAAAAGAGACUCUCUGGACUCAAAUCAUGAGGGCAAAAUAUGGUGGAAAGAGAAAAGAUCUGAACAUCUUCAGACCCUGUCAGGGAAGUUCUUUUGCUUGGUCGAGCAUAAACAAAGCAGCUAGCCUUUUGAAAAAAGGGUGUGCUUGGAACAUUCACAAUGGGAAAAGCACUAACUUUUGGUUGGAUAAUUGGAUUUUGCAGGAACCGCUCGUUGAGGCUGCAAGUCAACCUGUUCCGGAGAAGGAACGAGCUCGGACGGUGGCCUCUUAUAUGGAUGUGGAUGGUCGCUGGGAUACCACUCAUCUCUCUCAAUGGCUCUCGGCGGAGAUCAUUCAGAAGAUCACUGCUGUGAUGGUUGAUGCUCUUUCUUCAGAUGAGGACCAAAUCUUCUGGAAGGCGUCGGCUGAUGGUCGCUUCACGAUGAAGACUGCUUACCUUCUGAGCCAGCCCGGGAGUGUUGAGGCGAAUGAUCGGAUCUGGAAGGGCAUUUGGAAGCUUCCAGUUCCAGAACGGGUGAGAUGUUUUACCUGGCUGGUUCUUCUUGGCCGGAUUGCUACCAAUGUUCUUCGUUUUUGCAGGAGAUGCAGUGACUCGCCGAACUGCGCCAGGUGUGAGGACACUCCAGAGACGGUGCUUCAUGUGUUGCGCGACUGCCCUCCAGCGCGUUUCUGCUGGUCUCGUUGGGUCCCGAUUGACAAACAGACAGAAUUUUUUCACAAAGGUCAAGAGGACUGGCUCCGCAGCAAUCUGACUAGUGAGGACAUGAUGGAGUCUGGUUUGGCGUGGAAUGAGUUCUUCAGUAUUGCUAUCUGGCUGGUGUGGAGGAACAAGUGCAUAGUGGGUUUCAAGGGGGUUAGCAAGGCCCUCACAGCUCCUACUCUCGCUCACUCGAUUCAGCACAAAGCCCUUCUUUGGCACCAGGCGUGGGAGGCUCCUUCCAUUAAGUCAGGUCGAUCUAUCUUGCAGGCUAAUAGGAUUACUGAACAGAUCAGUUGGCAACCUCCUAGCUCAGGGUGGCAUAAGCUGAACAUUGAUGGUGCCUCGGCUGGCAACCCAGGGACGGCGGGGGCUGGUGGGGUGAUCAGGGAUGAGCAAGGGAGGUGGAUUGCUGGUUUCGUGGCUAAGAUCGGGGAAGCGACUGCAGCGUUAGCAGAGCUUUGGGCUUUCUACCAUGGCUUGGAAAGUUGGAUGCGACAGCCUGGUGGUUGAGUCUGACUCUCAGUUAGCAAUCCAGUUGAUAAACAACCGAAGGGACCCAGUACAUCCGUACGCCUCAUUGCUUGAUGCUAUCAGGAGGAAGUUGGCGCAGAGUUGGUUGGUUAGGGUAGUUCAUACGUAUCGUGAAGGGAAUAGAGCCGCAGACUAGCUCUCGAAGAACAGUCUCGUCUAUCCCUAUGGUACGCAUGAACUUCCUAAUCCGCCGAGGGAGCUGAUUGGGAUCCUUAGAGAUGAUGUUAUGGGUGUCUCUUUUGAGUGCCAAGUGAGAGCGCCUGUUGCUCUGUAACCCCUCUUUCUUUUCUUUCUUGGCCUUGGCCUCCCUUAUUGCAAAAAAAAUAUAAUGCACUAAUUUAUGAAUGAAUUUAUCAUUAACCAUUAUAAUUACAAAUUCAUAUCAUCUAUCACCAAAAAGUUGUAAUAAAGCAUUCAAACUAUAUCACAAAAGAAAUCAUAAUUCUUAUAUUAAAUUCAAAUAGGUCAUAAGAGUGGCAAUCUUUAGUGAAUUAGAUAAAUCCCAUAAGUAGGUUGGAAUGAAAAAAAGAAGUAUAAAUUAAAUUAGUGACUGAGGUUGAAUGGUCUUUGUUUACGGUAACGUUUUUUAAUAAUUUUUUGUGGUUAAAAUACUAAAUUAGUGGACUAGUUAAAUUGUGAUGGUUCAUCUAGUUUCGUGUUAAACUGUAAAAAAAUAUUCGAUCCAUCAUUAACCAUCCAAUCAAAUGAAUCGAAUGGUAUUUUAAUUGGUUUAGGCGUUCUAUUGCCUAAAUGAUUAAUCCGGUUUGGGUCUUCUAAAUUUUAAUGGGAUGUAGAGGUGUGGACUGCGGCUGCGGCACUAACAGAAGCAAAAAACGAACGUAAAAUACAAUGGUUUUGGGCGCUUUCUUCUCGCCGGCAUUGCGACCCACAAGCUAAACGCGCCGCCGUUGCUCUUAAAUAAUUCUUCAAGUUCUUCUUCCUCGCGAUUCGAUUGAUUGAUCUCUCUCCUAUCGAAGUCUGGUGAAGUAAGAUGCAACCAUUUGUUUCCCCGUGGAAAAAUGAGGGUUUCGGCCACCCGGUAUUGUCCUAAUUAGAAUUCGGAAUCGUCAUCUUCGUCUCUAGCCUCGUUGUCAUAGGUAACCACGUCUUUUAAUCGAUUCUUUAGAUCAAAGAUUGAAUGUUCAACUCCUUUCUCGCAAUUUGUAAUGUGGAUAAUUAAUGCGCAAGUCAAUUGGAGUUCGUGUUUUGUGGAUUUCAUCGUUGUUGCUAAUUUGAAUAUGGGUUUAACAUGCUGCAAACUUCAACUGUCGUAUGACAUUGUAAUUCUUUCAGGCAGUUACGUUUCUCGUUUUCCGUCUAUUCUCCAAGGGAUUGCACAAGAAGGAUUGACAAGCUGGUGGCUGAAAUGUUGUGGUCGGAAUUCAUAUGGUCCGUUGACUGUUGGACUAAUUUGGAGGUAAGCAAAGUUCUUGCCUUUUGCUUUUACUGGGAUUGGUGGUGGAUGAACAUGAGAAUUAACUUGAAGAUUCAAGCUUUUGAUAUCUUUUCACAUAAUGUUUGAUCAAGUAGCCGGCUGGGUGCUAAAUAGAAACUCUUGGGCUCAGGUUGAAGUAUAUGCAGAUAAUGAGAGUACGAGAUCUUUACUUUGCCGGGUAAGCUGUAAAUGUAUAUUGGACGAGUUCCUUAUAGUCAUUUCGGGUGGAUAUGAAAUCUCACUUGAUUGGUUCACAUUCGUUGCUUAAGUUUUGGAAAAUUUUCAGCAGGUAAAGAAACAUGCACUGGUCCUUUCUGAUCACAGGAGUGAUGUUGACGAGCUAAUUGGAUGUGUCCUUGUUCAGGUGCAUAUUCUAAAGUUCAUGGGUUUUUGAAAGAUAAUGAUAUGCUUCUAAUGAUGUUGAACUUAUAGAGAGAAAAAAGGUCUACUUCUAUUAUUGAUUAGUUGGUAAAAUAAUACACUGUUUAUACAAUAUAUAUAGCAACUGUUGAAUAACAAAUACACCACAGAAUUAAACAAAUAUUACAACAUAACACCUAAACUAUUUAUUCUGCAUCUUUGAGUCCUCCAACAACCCCCCGCAAGCUGGAGCGUGGAUAUCCAAACGAUUCAGCUUGGAAAGCAAACAUGAAAACACAACACUUGACAAGGACUUCGUGAAAACAUCGGCGAGUUGAUUCUCGCUAAUAACAUGCAAAACCUUUA